UUGGCAAUGUUACCGUAUGAAGUCCCUCUGAUAAAGUAGUAACUGGCGGCAUUUUAGUUUUAAAAACGUUAGUUCAAGAGGGGAUUGCACGGGUAAUGCUGGCCUACUAUGACUUUAAAAGAAAAAAAUCCGCCAAAAUUCGUUGAAAGCAGUGUUUCCACGAAAAUGUAAUGCCCAGCGGCAAAUUAGAUUUUUGGCUACGCGGAGGUUUUGUCAGUACGCGAAUUAGGCACGACGUUGGAGUUUCAAUUUCUUUUUGUUCACGGGGAUGUCUGAAUCUAGUUAUUGGCGGAAAACUGCUAAACUAGAUGAGGGAAAGCAAGGGACAUCAUUCGCUAAUAAUGGCAGCCUGACCGAAAAUGAUAACGUUGCAUAUGUUGGACUUUUAGUUGUAAGCAAUGAUUCAAAAGGAGAAACGAUAAGUGGAAUAUCGGCACAGAUACAAGACAUAUUGUUUGGUUUGUCUGGACUUCAGUUUGUGCUCAAAAUUGAAAAAGUUGUUUCUUACGAUUCAAAUGAAAUUAAGGAAACUUUAUUCACAUGGACCACAAAUUUUGGGUUAAGUUUAAUAAUCACGAGUGGUGGUACCGGCAUUGAAGCAACAGAUGUCGUCCCGGAAGUCACAAAAGAUGUUGUUGAUAAAGACUUACCAGGGAUCUCAGCAUUUAUUACAACCAAAUGCUUAAGCAACAAUUCUACUGGUGUGCUGUUCAGAGGAAUUUGUGGAGUGAAAAAGGAAGUUUUGAUAAUCAACUUACCAAGCUCUCCAGGAUUGCUAAAGUCAUGUUUGGAAUCCGUCUCCCCCUACCUUGUUACUUGCGUAGACCUAAUAAAGGAAUCUCGAAACUCUGAAAAUGGCGACGAGACGAGCUACAAUAGCUUUGUCAGACCGACCAAUGGAAUUAUAUCGUCAACUCCAUUACAAAAAACACAGAAAGAAAAGCUGCGAAUCGUUGGCCAACCGCCAUCCAUAAACAGAACUAAUUCACAACAACCAGGUGAGGCAGGAGACAAUCUUAAGUUGGCUCGUCGGAAUAGAGUGUCACCUUAUCCGCCUGUAGACGUGGACCAGGCUUUCUCCAUUAUGUUAUUGAAUAUAUUUCCGCUGCCAUUUACAUCAAAAUAUUUUCAAGAUGCAUAUGAACACUACUUAUUUGAAGAUGUAAAUGCGAAAGAAUCUGUUCCUUCUUGCCCAACUGUAAUACUUGAUGGCUAUGCUGUAAUUGCUUCUGACACACCAGGAGAUUUAGAAAUUCUCGGAGCAAAUGCAGAGAACUCAUACCUAACCCUCGGGAAAGCAAUACGAGUUCGAACUGGUUCCGUCUUGCCCCCAGGAUCUAAUGCAGUUGUUCCUGUCGAAGAAACAAUGGUAAUUGAGGAAGACGACAAUGGAGAAUCUGAACUAGUUGUACGAAUGCUUGAAGCUAAAACACCAGGCUCGCAUAUUCGAGCUAUUGGCAGCGACCUUAUGAAAGGGGAAGUCAUUUUAAAAGCUGGCACAAAGCUUGGUCAUGUUGAGACGGGGCUUCUUGCUGUAGCUGGUGUUUUAACUGUCAGUGUCCACCGUCUACCAACAGUUGCUGUCAUGUCUAUUGGAAACGAGCUUACAGAACCAAACAAAGUUGAAUUAUCUCCUGGGGAGGCAAGAGACACAAAUCGUAUUACUUUGUUACUCGCACUGCACAAAGCAGGUUUUCCUACACUAGAUGCGGGCUUGGUUUGCAAUAAGCCAGAUGUUGUACGGGAAUCUAUUAAGACUGCCUAUAAGAAUGCUGAUGCUGUUAUUAUCACUGGGUGUGCAUCUAUUGGUGAAAAUGAUACAAUCAAGUCCUUACUACAAGACAUGGGAGCUAAAAUACAUUAUGGCCGCGUUUCCGUGAAACCAGGGGCACCAACAUCCUUCUCAACAAUCGAAACUCAGCGAGGAAAGAAAGUGAUUUUCUCUUUACCGGGAAAUCCUGUUCCAGCCAUAGUAGCAUAUUACAUCCUUGUGUUACCUUGUCUGCGUAGAAUGGCGGGCUCAGAAUCACCAAAAUUGCCUGUUAUACAGGUUAAGGUGUCCGCUGAAAUUUUCCUCGGCAAGCUGCAAGAAUAUCAGAGAGCCACUAUAAGGUGGGAGGGAGAUGGUAUGGUCCCAUGGGCAGACGUUACAGGUCGGCAGAUUAUAAGUCGCUUAAUGUCCAUGGUGGAAGCAGACGUUUUGCUUCAAUUGCCUCCAAGAAGUGACUCAGUUAAAAGCAUUCCUAAAGGCAGAAUUGUAAAUGCAGUAGUUAUAAAAUAGACUGUUUUAUUUAUUGCGAUAGCUACCAUGAAAAAUAGGUUAAGUUAAAACAGCAUUCUGAAAAAUCUUUAAAACCAGCAUUCUCAGAAAACUAUUUUUAAAAUUAAAAAAUUAUUUAUACAACUUUUUUAAAGCAUUUUACAAUUUUGAUCUAUUUAAAAGCUUAGGGAUUUUUCAUUAUUAAAUUAAAUCAGCGCAAUGUACAUGAGAUUUUUGUUUCAUUGCCCAUGCUUACUGUUUUACUGCGAUACAAGAUUGUUUAUGUUUUUUUAAAUUUUUCACUUUUUAAAAGGUUUCAAAAUCGUGUUUUAAUGAAUUAAUGACAUUUUUCUUGUACUAGUACACAACAUUUUAAUGUGAAUUUUUUAACACUUGUUUUGAGAUGUAUAUUAAAUUAUAUAAAAAAAAAA